AUGUCGAAGUGCUGUAAGCUUUCUGACCACACUGUUUGCAAGAUUUACAACGAUAUUGUUCAUGUCAGUUUGGAAUCAAAUUUCACCCCAAGGAUAUCAACUUCGUCCUCAGAUGUUAUUGUUGGUCUUCACAUCACCAAGGUUAGAGUUCCGACUCCCUUAGCGGUAGGGGAAGGAGGUUGGCUCGAGUGUGAGUUUGUGGAUGAGGGUGAGAGCAUCUACGCUCUCAAGUGGUACUUGGGCCUCGACGAGUUCUACCGCUGGACGCCAGCUGAGAACCCUCCAGUUAAAACAUUCCCAGUUAAGGGCGACCCCUUGACAGUAGACAUAGCUGCUUCGAACAGAGGCAAAGUCAAGAUCCAUGAUGUGACUCUCGGAGCGUCAGGAGUUUUCCGCUGCGAGGUGUCUGCUGAGGCACCGGACUUCCACACCGAGUCUGACGUUGCCACCAUGACUGUUGUGGGUGAGUGUCCGUUAUGA